AUGAGCAAUCGCAGAAUCGUUGUAUCCAUAGAUUUUGGAACGACAUACUCAGGUGUCGCUUGGGCUGACACAACUCGGCCUGAUGUUCAACAUGUCUUGACAGAAUGGCCCUCGGCCGGCUCUUCCAAGAGCAGUCCCAAAGUACCAACUGAGCUCCGAAGAGUGGCGAAUGGGUGGCAGUGGGGAUUUCAGAUUCCCGAGUCUGCGAAGAGGAUCAGAAAGCUGGAUGAUCCAGCCCAGAUCACCAAGGAGGGGGAAUCGGCAAAAGACCUGACCAAGGUCUAUCUAUCAUGCCUCCAUGAGCAUUUCGUCAGUCUACUUGAGAAGAGACUAUCGCCAAGUGUGGUAAAAUCGACACCCAUGGACUUUGUCGUCACGGUCCCCGCUAUUUGGUCGCCAAAAGCAAAGCAAUCGACGGAGCAGGCCGCAGCCAUGGCAGGAUUUUGUGGUAAUCAGAGGAUCCAGCUCAUAUCAGAACCGGAAGCAGCCGCUUUGUACACCCUCAAGACCCUUAGCCCCUCUACAUUACAAGUAGGUCGAAAAUUUGUUGUUUGCGAUGCGGGAGGCGGCACCGUUGACUUGAUUUCUUAUCAAGUAACCAAAAUAGGCAGAGUUGAAGUAAAAGAAGUCACAGAGGGUACAGGCGGGAAGUGCGGCUCGUCCAUGCUGAAUAUGCGCUUCCGUCGGCAUCUGAAACAAACUCAUGGAGACAAGUACUGGACUGAUGAGAGACUCGUAGUAGCUUUGAGUGAGUUCGAGUCGUUCAAGAAGACCUUUUCUCCCAAGGGCGAACCAUUGACUCUCAAAGUCGAUCCCAGUCUUGGCCUACGGCGGAACCGAUACACCAUGACACAAGACGAUAUGAAAACCAAAAUCUUUGAGCCCAUCAUGAAGGAUGUUGUGUGUCUUAUCAAGGAGCAGAUCAAGAUGGCGGGAGAUGGUGUCGCCGCGGUGAUUAUGGUUGGAGGAUUCGGGCAAAGUCGAUAUUUGAAGUCGCGCGUACGUGAUGCAAUAUCUAGCCGCACCGAUGUUCUUCAACCAGAAAGCGGCUGGACGGCGGUGGUAAAAGGUGCCGCGAUGCAUGGGCUCAGUCGAUAUCAACCCGCGGGCACCCGGGUGGAGGUUGCAUCUCGAAUUGCAAGACGAUCCAACAAUAAUGACGGGAAAGCUCCCGUCCAUCUCGACGAAACAACGCAGCACAUCGGAACGCUCUCACUUGACCUAAGAAAGAUCCCAGAAGCAGUCAAGAGAACUGCGAAGAUCAGGCGCAUGGGCUGGCAUCGGUACUAUUGUCUGAAAGGGGCCAUCGAAGCCGUGUACGGGUCAGCGGAGAUCACGUACACAGUCAAACUUGGAGUGUUCGCUAUGAACGUUGAGCAAGCAAGAAAGACAAGUUACGAAAUCAGACAAGACCUCUGCCAUUCCGCACCAAACGAUGCUGCAUGCAUCAUGGCGGCCAAUCUGCACUUAAGGUCGGCUGUGCCGGAUCAUGGACAACCGGCCGGUAAAGUCGUUGCUGGCCCUCCUCCAUCAACCUUAGCUGCGCAGCUUGUGGAGAAUAUUUCAGCAUCCACGAAAUCCUCCAAAUCAGAUGAGAACAGUGAACUCAAAGGCUUCUUUGCUAUUAUUCAACGUGUUAAAGAUGAUCCGACUCUUCUCAAGACACCAGAGGACCGAGUUGAGCAUAAUCAUAUGCUUAUUUACGUUUACUCAAGAGCUGUUCUUGAAGGAAUUCGAUUAGAUGACCCAUUUCUUGACCGAACACAAGUACGGACUGAAGGCCUCAAGGCCAUCAGUUUCCUCAGGUUCUCUAUCAAAGAAACGCCUGCAGUUCUAAAACAUAGAGUGGGUGAGCAAGAGUAUAUGUUCCGUGGGCGGGAGCCAUUAUGGGCUUGGCUACUUCCUCAGCUGCUCAGACUUCUUGGCCAUCCCCAGUGUCUUGAACUCACAGAAGCAAUAGAAGGCUUCCUCCAGUAUACAAUGCUAAUAAUAGCACAAAACUGGACCCUGUGGGAUAUGGCGCCAUCAUUCUUAUUCUAUCUGCGUACCAUCACAUCUCAUAUCCUUCAACAGCUUCAAGACCCUCUCCUAGUUCCAUCAGUGGAAGAAAGUUUCAAAACACUUUCUCUACCUCCUCAAAUUGCUCUCAGCCAAUUCGUUGAGAAGGGGUCGCCCUUCACAAGCCAACUUACAUAUUCUGUUGACCGAAUGUCACAAGCGCUGCACCAACUGAUCAGCUUUUGCAAAGUGGCCGCAUAUCCUCUCACAGCUUCAGAUGAUGCCUUUGAUAACGUUUCCUCCUUCUCAGAGAGUGUGGUAUGGUUGAUUGAUGUCCUAGGGGACAUGCGGGUUAUCCAGACCCGGUACGGUAGCAGCUUUCCUGCCUCUUCACUUUAUGUUCUCCAAAUGGCUCAGGAAAUUGAGCGAGCACUACUGAGAAAAAAAGGCAUCAGCGCUUCUGUUCAUAAGAAGGCCAUCACUCUCAUGGUAUUGCUUUGUGGUGAGAUCGCGAGAAGCCUCAAUCCCAUGUCAAUGCUAGACAUUGAUGAGGAAACGCGGCAUACAUACUGCAUGGCUCUAGCUAUAAUAACAGCAGCUUCUACCGAAAACACGUCGAUUUGUCGGUUAGCGGUUGCCGGCAUUAUAGAUGAGUCUUCAAUGUUUUAUACUUCCCUGCCUGAAGGAACAGAUCUGCCAAAGCUGCUCUCUUCAAACUUACAUCCUCUGAGUUUUGAGGAUUCUGCAGUGCAAGAGAUCAUCGAAACCUUGGCGCUGAACUACGAGCCUCCCGACACAGGCUCACAAGACCGUCCCAAACGCCGAAAAAUAGCACAGACAGACUCUAGCCCUAUGGCGGUCCUCAUGAGACGUUUGGGUGACGUUAUAGGGGUUGUGGAUGUGGACGAUGAGUUUCUUGAUCUUGAAAAUCAGAUAUUGGGAGCCUUUCCAAAAGCUGACAUAUCACGUCAAUGUCUCAUGCUUGAUUUGCUAUCGCGGAUAUCUUGCGCGGCGGAUGGUGGCAACGAGACAAUGAAUGAUGCAAAAGCAGCAGUGACAGAAACAGCCUGCUCCAUUUGUGAACAUAAUGCACCCCCAGUCCGAUCAAACCUUCAUGGAGCAAUCGUACAUAAAUCCCGAAUCGAGGCACUCUUCACCAAACUGAUCCGCCUCCCCGCUCUUGCUGAGUCUCGGCGUCCGAGGGUUGCUACCAUGUUGGCUAUAAGGAGAGUGAUUCUCCACUGCGAGGAUACUGAAUUACUUAACCUGGAAACAUCUGGGAUAGGCCAGUGGUGUCUUCAGUCCUUAAACAGCUCUGUGAGGGAGCUGCGGGUAGCUGCCGGGCGUGUCUUGGCCACCUUCUCUUUGGCUAGGCCAGAGCCCAUUCUUUCCAGCAUGGUUCUUCCGGCUCGACCAGCAGAAGCCAACGGUGUUGGGAACCCACGAGUGAAUCGGGCUCAGGCGACCUUCACAGAUGGCAACUUCCGGCCAAAUGUAUCAAAUGGAUCCUCUCCCAUGAAAACGCAAGAUUUGAUCUCGCGCAAUAGAAAAAACUCGAUUGCCUUCCUGAAAUCAAUCUCAGAUAAGAACCAGCCUAAUUUAACUGAAACGUUUAUCAUGGCAUGGGGUCAAUUAGGAACAGUGGUCUGGGAACACGAACUCAACUUGGUUCUCAUCAAGCUUUUGGAGUACUUGGGAAGCAAUAACAAUAUCGUGUCAGCUUGCGCCUUCAAUGAGCUAUUGAACCUAGCUGAUGCUCGUCGAGUAACCCCACGCAGGCUUUUCGAGCCUUUCUGGCCAAAUCUAGCAUACAUGACCACCAAGGACAUGGUCCAACGCCCUCAAAUGAGCCGGACAAUUGCUGAAUUGCUACAAGUGUCUGUCAACGAGUUACUCCUCCUGAUUCAAACUCACGCACUGCCGUGGCUUGUGCUUGACAAGCAAAAAGACGUUAUCCAAAAGAUUGCGGAGGCACGGCAGGAGUCCGAGGUUUGGCUACCAUUAAUCGAUCCUGCGAACCUAGCCGCAACUCUGGCCUUGCUCUUGGUUCAAGAUACAGACGAUAUCGCUGGUUUCGCAAAAUCUCGCCUCGAGGAAUUAUCGACACAUUUUCAAACCGAGCCCCUCGUCAACCUGCUUCAGGUGGAACCAGUGCUCACUGUCAUAGAGUUACUUAAAGCUGCCGGCGACGCAGAUGAAACUAAAAAGGCACCAGUCCGCAAAGCUUUAGACACCAUGGCGAAAAUGAUGAUCCCAGCAAACAAAGAAACCCGAGCUAAGAAGUCGGAUCACACUGCCCGGUUUAUUCAUUCACAACUUCUUGGCCUUAUGGCAUGUCUAUUCGACGUUAUCAAUGACCAGAGCCUUCCUGACCCAGAGCGUCGGCGCUACAUUCGGGCUAUGGAGGAAAUGAUCAGGGUGUCGAGGGGCUAUGCAAGCACCGCCAGACCGCAAAUGUCUGCUUGUUUGCUCUCGACACUGGCACAAGAUGCACUGAGAGAAGCAAGUUUCUCAUGUUGGGCAUCGAUGCUCACACACCUUGAGGAGACAGAUGUCGAGGCAUUAUUAGAAACAACAUUUUUUGUCGUCACCCGUUACUGGCCCUUCAUGAACGAGUCAACAGCUCUUCUAGCGCAGCAAAUGCUCAAGUCUCUCGUCGAUGAAUUUGACCAUCUUGUUGCGAAGUACAUCGUCAAGCUCCCUUCGCUGAGGCACAUUCCAGAGUUGAGGGACAUCGAGACAAAGAUGGAUCAGCAUAGACCAGCAACACUCGCGGUUGAAGAGGUUUUGGAAGCUUUCGCUGAGAGAAUUUGCCACGAAAACUCCGGUGUUGCCCUUCAAGCAUUGACAGAACUGAUACCAUACCUCCAGGAAAACCAAGCGGCACUUCAUACAUCUGAGAUUAGUCUACAGUCAGAUAUUGGCGUUGUCGCACUUAUGCGGUCGCUUCUGGAUUGUGCAAGUAAAUACAGCGGCUUCCCAGGAGACAUAGCGCGCCUAUGUACAGAAGCAAUGGGCUUGAUAGGCUGCCUGGACCCCAGUAAGAUCGAGACUGUUAGAGAACAACGAUCAAUAGUCAUAUUGAACAACUUUGCGACGAAUGAAGAAACAACGGACUUUGUUCUGUUUCUUCUGGAAGAGGCCCUGGUGCCAGCAUUCUUAUCCACGACUGAUGUUAAGUUCCAGGGAUUCUUGUCUUUUGCUAUGCAGGAACUCAUGGGCAGGUGCGACAUCAAAGCUGCUUGUGCCAUGGAAAACUCAGGGAUGAAAGGUGGAAACGAUAUCUAUCGAAAAUGGGUUGCAAUGCCGGAAACUGUUCGGGAAGUGGUGGCACCCUUUCUAGCCUCCCGGUAUGUCGUCGCUCCAAUGCCACACACCGAGAUCGAGUAUCCGCUCUUUCGUCCUGGCAGGCCCUAUCCGAGUUGGCUCAGAGUUUACGUUCUGGACCUUCUACGUAAGGGGCAGACGCCAUUUGCUGAUUUGAUAUUCGAGCCUCUGGCACGUGUCAUUCGCGUUAAAGAUCUCUCUAUUGCCGAAUUCAUCCUUCCCUAUAUAGUCCUGCAUACUCUUUUAGGGUCUCGGACUACACAGCAAGAAAGGGACGAUAUUCUCGGAGAACUUCUUGCUAUCUUGCAAUAUCAGCCUGCUGAGACGGCAUCGUAUCAGGAGAAGGAGGAUAUGCGGCGAUACUGUCAUCUUGUAUUUCGCGUUGUAGACUACGCAAUGAGAUGGAUGCAAACUAGGCGAGCAGCUGGUCGCCUCACUGAGACUGAUAGGGAGAGGCUAGCUCAAGUGCAGGAAGCUCUCGAUCUGAUCCCAGCCGAACUCAUAGCACAAAGGGCUGUCGAUUGCAAUGAAUACGCACGUGCUCUUUUUCAUUUAGAGCAACAUGCCCAUAAAAUGGAACAGAGGAAGAAAGAACCAGGGGAGCGUACCCGUCUCUUACAAAAACUUCAAGAUAUUUAUGCCAAUGUCGAUGAGCCUGAUGGCCUUGAUGGAAUUUCAGCUCAUUUGCAAGUUCUUGACAUCAACCAACAGAUUCUGAGUCAUCGCAAAGCAGGCAGGUGGACUGCUGUUCAGAACUGGUACGAGAUGCAACUCGCUGAGAGCCCUGACAACACGGAUAUCCAGAUCGACUUGCUUCAUUGCCUGAAGCAGGCUGGCCAGCACGAAGGAUUGUUGAAUCACAUCGAGGGUAUGCACACCGAUGCAUCAACGGACAACAAGAUCAUGCCUUAUGCAGUAGAGGCGGCAUGGGUUACAGGAAGAUGGGAGAGCCUUACCAAAUUCGCUCGACGGUUUCGCGGCGACCCUAUUGAAGACUUCAACAUCUCGAUUGCGACCCUUUUCGAAAAGCUCAGGGCCAAAGACAAGCCUAAAGAGCUCAUUAAGAUAAUGAAGGAUAUAAGAGUCAAAAUUUCAUCAUCGAUGAACGCCGCAUCCACCUCAUCGCUACAAGCCUGUCAUGACCUCCUUCUUAAAUCACAUGUUCUUACGGACGUGGAAAUCAUAAUAGGAACAAAAUCGGGCGACGAAGUCGCACGCCAAACGACAGCAGCCCUUCUAGAACGGAGACUCGAAAUUAUAGGUGCUUACAUGAACGAUAAGCAAUAUCUUCUUGGUAUUCGCCGUGCCACCAUGGAGUUGACUAGACCUACGUUCACUGACCUAGACAUUUCUGGGCUAUGGCUCUCGAGUGCACGCCUUGCCCGGAAGUCGAACUCGCUUCACCAGUCUUUCAAUGCUAUUCUCCACGCUUCGAAGCUAGGCGAUGAUGCGGCUACUAUUGAGAAUGCCAAGCUCCUUUGGAGAGAAGAUCAGCACCGAAAGGCAAUACAGGUUUUGCAGGGAGCGAUCAAGAGCAACAAGUUCAUGACACAAACAGGGACAGCAAACAGCACAAGUUCAAGCAAGUUGAGCCCACAACAAAAGCUCUUGACGGCUAGGGCGCAGCUGCUGCUUGCCAAAUGGCUUGAUAGCGCCGGGCAGACACACGCCGGUGCAUUGCGUGAAAAAUAUCAGCAGCCGCCCAAGACCUUCUCGACUUGGGAAAAGGGGCAUUAUUAUCUUGGCCGUCAUUACAAGAAGAUUCUCGAAGCUGAAAAGCCGCUCAAAGCCGAUGACCAGAGCGAUAACUACAUCACCGGUGAAGUCGCUAGACUCGUCAUCGAGAACUAUGUCCGUUCACUUAACUCGGGCACCAAAUAUCUUUACCAGACUCUGCCACGAAUUUUGACUCUCUGGCUUGACCUUGGUGCCCAAGUAGACAAGGCACCAGAAGGCAAAGCAUCGCUUUCUCGCGAGCUUCACCGAAGACGCGUUGAGCAACUCAAUCUUUUGCACUCUUUCCUUGACAAAUACAUACAUAGGCUGCCGGCGUACAUCUUUUAUACAGCUUUGCCACAGAUUGUUGCACGCAUUGCCCACCCAAACUCGAGCGUUUUUGACCGGCUGACACACAUCAUUGCCAAGGUCGUGGAAGCUCAUCCUCGGCAAGCGCUUUGGAGCCUUAUUGGCAUCAUGACUACAAGACAAGUGUCGGAAAGAAAGGCACGAGGCACCCAGAUCCUUCAGACACUCAGGAACAUAUCGAAGAAAGUUGAGGGCUCUACAACCGAUUUCAAGCACUUGCUCAGGAUGGGAGAGAAAUUAGCCGAGCAGCUGCUUCUUGCAUGCCAAAACGGAGACUUCCGGGGCAACAAGACUGUUCAUGCCAGCCUGGGUAAAGAUCUUCGAUUCAAUCAUAAAUGUACCCCAUGUCCGUUGGUCGUGCCUGUCGAGAGCUCUUUGACGGCAACGUUACCGGCUGUAUCAGAGUAUGUUAAAAAGCACAAGGCGUUUUCUAGAGAUGUUGUUACAAUUGACUCCUUUCUGGACGAUGUGCUCGUGCUGAGCUCGCUGGCUAAGCCAAGACGACUUACGACACGAGGGAGUGAUGGCAAAAGCUACAUGCUUCUGAUCAAACCCAAGGAUGACUUGCGAACUGACCAGCGUCUUAUGGAAUUCAACGGAUUGAUCAAUCGGUCGUUGAAACGAGAUGCGGAAUCCAGCCGGAGACAGCUUUACAUUCGAACAUAUGCUGUAACGCCCCUCAAUGAAGAGUGCGGAAUCAUCGAAUGGGUUCCAGGAAUCAAAACGAUGCGAGACAUUCUCAUCAACCUUUAUGCUUCCCGAAAGAUUUACCCCGACUACACGGUUCUUAAGCAACUAAUGGAUGAAGCAUGUUUAUCAGACGGCAAAACCAGGAUAUUUACUGAUGAGGUCCUGGGGAGAUUUCCUCCGGUACUUCAGCUGUGGUUCACACAACAGUUCCCUAGUCCGUCAACGUGGUUUGCUGCGCGUUUAAAAUACACAAGGUCGUGUGCUGUCAUGUCCAUGGUAGGCACGAUCCUAGGGCUUGGCGAUAGACAUGGCGAGAACGUGAAUUUGGAGGAGGGUAAUGGUGGAGUAUUCCAUGUCGAUUUCAAUUGUCUCUUUGACAAGGGCCUGACAUUUGCCAAACCUGAAAGAGUGCCGUUCCGCCUUACCCACAACAUGGUGGCUGCGAUGGGUAUAUAUGGUUAUGAAGGACCAUUUCGCAAGUCUUGCGAGCUAACUCUGAGCAUUCUUCGUCAGCAAGAGGAGACUCUAAUGACAAUUCUCGAGGCGUUCAUCUACGAUCCAACGCUGGAUCUACAAAAGGAGAAACGGGCACAUCGGCGAGGAGAUGUGGGCGUCAAGCUGCAGCCUCAAAGCGUCGUAGACAGCAUCAAGCGCAAAUUCGCUCACAUUGCAUUAGAGUUAUCCCCCAACAACCGUGCCACGUGCAAGGACACUGAGUGCAAGAAGAACGGUGACAAAGUUACCAAAGGCACCCUGCGGUUUGGUACCUACGUCGUCAUCCAGGAGCACGGAGGCUGGACAUGGAAACAUUGGGGAUGUGUCUCUGGCCAACAGCUAGAGAAUGUCCGUGAACUGUGCCAGCAAGGUGAUGGCACUUUCGAUUGUGACCUUAUCGAUGGUUACGAUGAGCUUGUCGACCACCCUGAAGUGCAAGAGAAGGUCCGCCGCUGUAUCAACCAGGGCUUCAUUGACCCUGAGGAUUUCAAAGGGGACCCAGAGAAGAACAAGCUUGGUGAGAAGGGUAUUCACUUGACUGCAGCACAGAAGAAGAAGAAAGAGGCCGCUGAAGCUGCCGCCACCGACGACGGAGAGAAGCCCAAGGCCAAAGGCAAGCGUGGACGCAAGAAGGCCGCUGAUGAUGAGGAGGAUGAGGACGAGCCGCAGCCCAAGAAGGCUCGAACAUCCAAGGCUGCCAAGGCGGAUGAGGAGGAGAAGCCCGCUGCUAAGCCGGCCCGUGGCCGCAAAGCCGCAAAGGUCAAGGAUGAUAGUGAGAAUGAGACUGCUGCAUCUGCUCCUGCUCCAGCUCCUGUUCCUGCUCCUGCUAAGAGAGGGCGCAGAACUUCAGCUCAGCAGCCAAAGGAGGAAUCUGAUGCUGAGGAGAAACCUGCUCCUGUCAGAAAGGGACGAAAGGCUGCCACUAAGAAGGUCAAGAACGAAAGCGAUGAUGAAGUUCCCGCUCCUGCUCCUGCUCCUUCCAAGAGAGGACGCAGAACUUCGGCCCAGAAGCCAAAGGAGGAAUCCGAUGCUGAGGAGAAACCUGUUCCUGUCAGAAAGGGACGAAAGGCUGCUACCAAGAAGGCGACUGCCCCUGAGGUGGAAGACGCUGUGGUUGAGGAAGAGGAGCAAGAGAAGGCCGCGCCGAGAACCAGAGCUCGCCGCGGACGCUCCAGCAAAGCUUGA